AUGAGAACUCGAAAAGUUCAAGAUGGUUCAGUAGGUUUUGAUAUAAGAGGAUAGAGUUUGCCUAAAUUUAAAAGAAAAGGCUAAUUUGAAAAUUAUGAUGAUAUUUUAUUAGAUAUUCCAAAUGGAGAUUUGAUUGAAGGGAAAAAUUAUUAUAAAACUAAUUGUGCAUCUUGUCAUCAUUUAGGUUUUAUUUUAUUUUCUUAUUAUUUUUAGAUUUUGAAACUAAUUUAGGACCUUCAAUAAGAACUGAAAAUUUAGAACUAAUUGGUCUAUGGAAUAUGGAGGUGGAGAUUUAAUUUCUUGUUAAAAAUUCAUUUGGAAUAGAAAAAAAUUAUGGCAAUUUUUAUAAAAUUCAGAAAAAAUGUUUUUAGAUACUGCUAUGUAAUUAGAUGGAAUUAAUGAUCCAUUUAUACUUGCUAGUGUUAUAACAAAAAAAUAGUAAUCUGAAAUCUAAAUAUGUUAUCAAUCUAUUUAAUACUCAAAAUAGUUUAUAUUAAAAUGACUCAAUCUAUAAUUAUAUAUAUGUAUUUCUCUUAUUAUUCAUCAAUCUGUAUACUAAAUGA